AUGUCGACGUCUAAACCUGUUGAGUGGGUUACAGCGUUGAUUGAAAGAUUUGAAGAUCAACUACCCAUCAAAUGUGGUGAAUUAACGAAUCAAAUGCAUCUUAAUUUAGAACAAAAUAAAGAAUGUUUAAUUUCCUUGAGUCGUUUUAAAUUUUCGCUUGUUAUAAAUGGACUUACAGAUAUUUUAAAAGCAAUUGAUAAUACUCGAUAUGGUGGUUUUGAUCAAGAAAAAAAUAUUUAUGAAUCAUAUUUAAUUGUUCUUGAUGCUGUUGAGCAGUGCUUAGCGAAUACAAAAGAUAUGAGCACGAGUCGUUUACAUGAGGCUAUUUAUGUUAAUAGAUUAUUACCAGUAGUUUGCAAAUUAUUAAAUGUUCCCGGUGAUGGUAUAACAGUCCAACAUGUUCGACAACUUGCUUCGAAUGUUUUAUUUGCAUUAAGUGUUAACAAUUUCAGUACACUUUUUAGUAAAGUUGUUUCACGACUUGAAAGUUUGAUUACAUCGGGCGAUGAAACUUACGAAGCCGGUGAUCUUGACCUUAUUCAACAUAUGAAUGUUGAUAUGCUCAAAUUAACAAGACUUCUUAAUGAGAAAGUACAAAAAUGGCGUUCACUAAAAAAAAUUCAUCAUACAGAACUUGUUAAAAGUGUUGAAAAGGCAAUUUGGAAUUGGUUAGAUACAUAUCCUGAAGAAUUUACUGAUUUACAAAAACGGCCAAAUGCUGAAUUAAGUGAUAAUUGUGAAAAAUUAUUUGAAUUACUCGAUUCAUUUGGGGAGUCGAAUCGUCGUAAAGUUCAAUAUGUUUGGCCAUUACAAACGAUGUUACUAGUUUUAUGUCCAAUAAUUCUCGAAGAAUUAGUUUAUGCAUUAGAAAAAGGUGGUCCUUGUUCAGCUGAACAUUUACGUAAAAGAAAUUUUGUUGAUGCAUUAAAACGUCAAUUACAUGCACAAGUAUUAGGUAAACAACAUUCAGCUGGUGGAACUGAAUCUGCAGCUGUUGUUACAUUUGUUAAAUUAUGCAAAGCAGCUACAUACAUUAAUAAUAAAGAUUCAAAUAAUGUUUUGUUUGUUAUGGUACAAUCAGUUAUUGGUGAUUUAAAACAAAUAUUAUUUAAUCCAUCGAAACCAUUUUCACGUGGUC